CGUCACCAAUAUCUCAGACCUUUCAAUCGGUUACAAUUGGCAACACCGUCUGCAUCCUUGAUAUUAAUUGGGAGCGAAGAAGACCAUACACGAAAUAGAAAUGAAGACGCGCGAUAUGCUCCUAAUGUUUUCUUAAUUCUCUGAUAUACAUUGUGAACGAGUCGUGCUGUGAUGGAGCAGGUGUAGUCCUUUACUUGAUAAUAACUCUAACCAGUUUUCAAAGGAGAAACAGUGGAUAGACUAAUGUGGCCUUCGUUUUAUAAGCAGUAUAGCAAUGUAGCCGUGGUUUGUAUUCGGAUAAGUCAACUUUUCGGUGCUAUAUCCACUUUGUCGCGGCAGCACCUGAGUCUCCGCCGGUUUAAACUCACACAGUUGACCACCGCCUCGUAGAAGCACCCAACUCCAGAAAAUUAUCUUCUUCUCAGGAUCGUUGCUGAAGGAGCUACCAUCAUCGAUUGCGUGUGGAUUUCAGCUCCAACUGCUCUCCCUUUCAGAGAUCACCAUUGCACUCAACUCUCCCAAAUCUAUUCAUUCCAGGGACUUGAAAGAGUGAGUAUACUUCGAAGUAAUAGAUGAAUUUUUUCGGAAAAGUAGUUAGCAGUUCCUGAUGGACGUGGUAACACAAUUCUUGAUGGAAGUGACUGGCACCGGAGCACGAGAAGAUUGCGCUUCUAGAGCGUUUCCAAUCAGUAUCCUCGUGUACUCUGUACGCUGAGUGAUUUUAAGCUCACGAUCAACGACUAUUUGAGCAUUACAUGCACAAAUAUACUGUACAUCGGGGUUUUCCCAGUAUGCAUAAGGUGUCAAGUGAAUGUGAUUCAGGCAUUUUUCUGAUUUGUUUUUCGUUUUCAGUGCUGAUCGAUGCUGUGAUGGAAAAGGAGGGUAAGUUUCUUCAGUUGCCAGAUGGGCGGAAAAUUUCGUACCGGGAGCAAGGCCUUCCCAAGCAGAGUGCCACUCGGAGUUUGCUGGUGCUCCACGGCCUGGGGUCUUCACGCCUUGCCAGUAUGCCAGGAGUCUCCGAGGAUCUGCUCAAGGAGAUGGGCGUGAGAUUGAUCGCCAUCGACAGGCCUGGCUAUGGCUUAAGCACCCCAAAUCCCCAACAAUCGUUCAGUACCGCAGCUGCCGACAUAGCAAACAUUGCCGACAUAUUGGAAUUGGGAGAAAGGAUAUGGCUGUUGGGGUACUCUUGUGGAGGUGCUUAUUGUUGGGGCGCGGCACGUUAUAUUCCCGAGCGUAUAGCUGGGAUAGCCAUGUGGGCGCCCGCGGGGAAUUACUGGUGGAAGGACUUCACAGACACGCAACGAAAGGCGGCGAUGGCAGAGAUAACGAUAGGAUCAAGGCUCAUGUUUCUGUUGGUAAGACAGGUACCACAAUGGAUGGUUUACGCCUAUGUCCGCCAUGUGGUGGUCCGAACCGUGGGAGCACGGUGGGUAGCAAGCGCCAAGAAGCAGCUGUCUCCCCCGGAUCAGCACAACCUUGCAGCCAAUGGCUCAUCGGGUCUUAUGUUCAGAGAUAGUAUUGAGUCGGCGAAGCAGGAUGGGUUUGGCAUGGCGCAAGAUUUGCAACUCUUAACUGGCGACUGGGGUUUCGGGCUAUCGGAUGUCCAGCGGGUGUACCACGGCCCCUUGCACAUUUGGCAAGGCGACCAAGAUUGGCUCGUUCCUAUUUCUCUCCAACGUCUAAUAAAAAAGCGGAUCCCUGACUUAGUGCAUCUCCAUGAGCUUCUGGGAGAGGGGCAUUUGUCGCCCUUCUGCUUCAACGACAAGGUCCACCGGGACACGCUGUCGGUGAUGUUCAGCAAAACACGAGAUUCUAACGAGGUUUCUCUGACGAACGUCAACAAGGCGCUCGAAAACACUCCACAGAUAAAAACCUGGACAAAAAGAAGACUUGGAAGAAAUUGCCAAGGUCGAGCCCCUCAUCAACACAGUGCUGGAGACAGUACGUGACGAUCAUGACAAAACACCUUCGGAGGUGCAAGAGAUAGUUCAACUCUUGGAUGAAGGUGCCCACAACGGAGCCAAGCUUUAACUUCAGACAGAUGACAUACAAAACCUGGAUGAUGAUGCUGAUGCUGAUGAUGAGACUCUGAGCGCAGGAAUCUGGCACUACAAGGAGGCAUUGGCGUAGCCUUCCAGGACACAUCGAAGUACUCACUCUGCAAUUAACUUCAACUUUUUAAUCAGAUCAGUCGGAUUUAGUCUGGACUCGUACCAAUGUGAACUUUGCAGAACGUGCCAAUACACACACAAUACGACUGCCUUGUCAAUACUUACGCAAACAAAGUAAAUAAAUAAAUAAAAUAUAUACAUACAUAUAUUAUCUUUUCUAUUUGUUUAAUUUUGAGAGUG